GAAAAGCACUACGUUUUAUUUUGAACCACCAAAUAGCUCGUAUAACUACUCGUCUUAAAUAGGAAAAACGUUGAUGUGUUUGGUCACUUCUAACUUUAUCUCUAAAUGGUACCAUUGAAUGAAUGGGGCUAAGCUAAAUGCUAUCAUAGCGUCGCAGCACGCUCCAGCGCUUACGUGCACACACACAGAUGAUAGAGGGAUGAUUCAACAGUUCUUAGUUAAGGUAAUAACAUAUUUUAGUAUUGAAAAUGAGUAGACUAUUCCUUUAAGUCAAAAGUGUAGGCCUAUUUGUCAGUAUUUCACACUCUGUCUCAGUCGUGCAUUAAACUGCAUGCCAACAUGCAAGUGUGAAUCUAAAUUUCCUUUCGCGACAGUUAUAAUAACACAAAUCACAUCACACCCAAUAAUUCAAUCGCCCUUGCUUUUUUCCCACUCCAACAUUUUAAUUAUUGCCCACUAAAAGCUGCACAGAUAUAUUUGCUUACCUGAACUCUGGUGUCUGGUCUGAACUCGUUGAUGCAUGAAAACAGCACCCUGACUGGUUGACUGGCUCAAAGUAUUUUGAGUAUUUUAAAAAUACAAAAAUACUCAUCUUAAAUGUAUUUAAAUACAAAUUACAUUUCAUUUUUUCAAAGGCUUUAAAAUACAAAAUACAAAAUACUAUUUUGUAUUUCAAAUACGUAUUUUAAAUACAUGUAUUUGAAAUACUGCCCAUCCCUGUUUACUAAAAAUAUAAUUUAAAUCCAGAACAACGAGGUACACUAGAAGUUGGGUGCUAUGUCUUAACCCUUAUGAGAAGAAACAUCAUCAACACAAGCUAUACUACAGCUACAUUUAAACAAAAAUACAUAAAUAAAUUAAAGAACAUGGUUUAGGCUUGUUAAGUGCAAAUUUUCAGAGCAUCGUUAAAUACAGAACACUGCGCUGUAAAUGUACAAAACGAAUGCAAUACACAAGCACUGCAUAUUAAAUUAGGCCAUUUUCAAUAAUAUAUUAGUAUUCUCAUGAAAUGCGUACAAAUAACACGCAGUGUGAUUAUCGUGCAAUACAUAGGCUACAUAAAAUUAAAAUUUUGAGUGAAUAUGUUACGCAAGUCCUUCCUGUUCCCUUAUGGCUCAUCUAUUCGUGUUUUUUAAUAAUUGGUUUCUCAUUUGUUUUUUAACCAUUGUCUCCUUUAAACAAUGGUUUAAAAAACAGACAAAAAAACAACGACACCAAACGAUGCGCCAUUUAAGUGAACGGGAAGGACUAGCAUAUGCACGCAAAAUUGGAAUUUGGCGUAGGCUAUGUAUAGCACGAUAAUCACACUGAUUGCUAUUCAUACGCAUUUGAUGAUAAUAGGUUGAUUAGAUAAAUUAAUGUGUAUCUAUAAAGUAUGAAAACGAAUGAAUCAGUAUUUUGGCUUAAUUAAGAUGGAUCAUUUCAAGAUCAUUUUCAGUCAUUUAGAUUUUGUCAUCAUUUCAGAACAAGCUUAUUCUAUCUAUAACAACUUACAUUAUAUCAUGUGUGUUUCUUGAAUAUAUGUUGAAAUAUAUGCAAGUAAAAAAGUACAAAAUAAAAUCGUUCAGCUCAUGGGGAGUGAACAAAAAGACGUUAAAGUCUCUCCGCAAGGACGUGCUGAAACUGUCGAGUCGACAGAUGAUCAUCAUGCUUAAAAUGUUUCACCCAGAAAUUAAUUAUGAAAACUUGAAUAUCUAAAUGCCCAGGUGAGUCAAGUGUUCAGUCAGUUCACAAUAAAGAAAAAAGCCAACGACAUUGGCUGCAGCUUCCUCAUCCACGGGCGGAUGCUGCAGAUACACAAAGAAAAAACUAUAAAGGUUUAAAUGCUGGUAAAAAACGUCAAUUAUAUUAUGGCAUUUUAUAUUUGUGUUGAUCAGUUAAAGUUAUUUUAAUCUUUAAUACUGCAUCUGCAGAUAAUCUGCAGACGAUGCUAUCAUUCUAUUAUCUCAGUUUCACUUUCUCACGCAUUCACUGUAGCCAGGCCCGGAUUAACACAGUGAAGUGCCCCCGCCAAUAUAUUUUAUUUAUUUAUUUAUUAUUAUAAACUAGUCAUUCAGGGCUCCAGACUAACGUUUUUGUUAUUAGGAGCAAUGUAGCCCCUGACUGAAAAUUUUAGGAGCGCUAGCAGAAAAUUUAGGGCACACCUUAGAUAAGCCUGCAAUGCAAUAUUUGACAUUUUCCCAAAAUAACUGCAUUACUGAAAAAUAAUAAAUAGACUUAACUAUGCAGUUGCUGCACAUGUCAUCAUUAUGCACAAUUAAUGAAACUUUCAGAAUAGGAAGUUAUGAAUCAAAGAUUCAUAAAACCCCCUUAACUAUAGGCAUAAGAUACAUAUAGGCUACAAUAAGUUAUAUCUAGAUAGCAUACUUUAAUGAGAUGAGUGGCAGGGCAGCAGUUUACAUGCUUGUAUCCUUUACACGUUUCUCAUCUUUUAUCUAGUUUUCCUUGGGCACUGAUGUAGACCUUUAUUCUCGUCUAAUGUUUUUAGUGUUAAUGUAGGCUAAAAGUUGUCCGGCUCUCUUUAUCUCUCAUCGCUGUAAUGUUUAACCGGCGCGGUUCUGAGUGCGAUGUGUUAACUUUACCAGGGCUGCGUAGAUCCAUCUGUAAAAUCAACCGAGCGCAUGGUGACAUAAAACGAUAUACGCGAUUACGCGUCAUGCAAUUGAGCGGUGAAAACCCGAUCGUGCAUUCCGUAGUGCCCGCACAUGCUCGAGUACUUGUAAAAACAUUUUGGCCGCAGUCUGGAGACCUUGGUGCCGCCCAAUAUUGACAAUCCAGCCCUGGCUGUAGCCUGUGAUUUAACGAAAUGACCUCUUACCAAUUUAUUUGGCCUUCAUUAUACAUGUAUGAUGUGAAAAACAAGAAGGUCAUAGAUAGUUUCAUUAAUUUAAUGUAAAAAGCGCCGUGGUUGCAUUCAUGCGGUUUCCCAGACAGCAAAUUAGCUCUUACCGACGUUGGGGCGCAUGUACUUGCCCGACAUAAAGUGCCUCGGUGAGAUUUCUUAUGGAGAUCGGUAGCUAAUAGGCAAGAUAUCGGGAAGAUGGUGGCAUUAUGGUGCAUUUACACCAACCGCGCUAGAGGCGUGAAGCGCGAGUGAUUUCAAUGUUAAGUCAAUGUGGAGACGCGUUGACGCGCGUCAGGAGGUCCCGCGGCGCGGAAUAGGCGUUCGGUGCGGAAGACGCGUUUCCGCCUCAUUCGCGCGUGAAGCUCGCGCGAAAGGCGCGAAUUGAGCGUUGUGCGCGAUACGCGCGAAUGGUGCUAUUGUGCAUUUUGCGUUUCACGCGAAUUUGCGGCUGACGCCCGAGUUGAAAAAUUUGAACUUUGGCGGAAUUUCGCGCCGCGUUAACCAAUCAGGAGCCUGCUUGCUGCUGUGGCGACAGACCCGCCCAUAGUCAUUCAUUCAAAAUGGAGGAAAGGCUGAUAUUGUCCGUGAGCGGUCACCUGGGGAUAUAUGAUACAACUUCGUAUUUCUACAGAGACAGAAUCAAAAAGGACCUCGCUUGGAAGAGUGUCAGUGAGGAGAUUGGCCAACCUGGUAAGUUGUAAAUACACUUUUCACUCUUGAGUCACGUGACUACACGUUUAUCGGCCCGUGGCCGUCCAGCUGUUUUUUAAACUAUUUCCCCCGUGACCAGAUGUCCCCGUUUUCCGGGGAUAGGCCCUUUUUUUCCAUAAACCUACAACAAUAAAGAGAUGAAAACAUUAAAAAGGCUUUUGUCCCAGACUGUAAAUUCAUAGACAACAACAAAUAAGAUUUCAAGAACAUUUAACCAUUGAACUUGGACAUGCUCCUACCCUUUGUUUUACUACAGUUAAAACCCAAAAACCCUAUUUAUACCAUGCAGAAAAACCAUGGUUUUGCUGAUAGUAAUCAAUACACCAAAAAUAUGGUUACUACAGUUUUACCUCAAAUAAAUAAACAUGUCUAAUUUUACAUUACCUUAUCCAGCUACUUUUGGCUAACAAAAUGUAUUUAUUAAGAGGACAUCUGCCGAAAGAAGUGGAAAAGUCUCAGGGACACGUACCUCAAGGAGAGGAAGAAGGAGAUGGAGAAGAGGAGUGGGUCAGCAGCAGGGUCGGGGAAGAAGUGGAAGUACUCCCAGAUCCUGGGAUUCCUCGAGCCCUUCGUUACCCCACGGGAAACCAGCAGUAACAUGGGAGGGGUCAAGGCCCAGGUCAUGGAGUACAACCACCCCAGGGACCAGGGGGACAGUGAAACAGAGCCAACAGAAAUGGAUAAGGCGGAUCCAAGGUCCCCUGACGCUUCUCCUGUCUCCCCAGUCCCUGGUCCUUCACCCCCUGCUGCUGCACCCACAGGACAACAGAGGAGGAGAGCCACCCGGAGGCCCCGUGAUGAUCCUUCAGAGGUGGAGCAGACGCUGUUGGAGCUCCUGAGGCAUCCUCCAGCCCCCCCAACACCACCCCCACCAACACCACCCCCACCCCACCCCCCCACCACCAGCGUCUGCGGAUGAACACUUCCUCCUCAGCCUUCUGCCUUUCCUGCAGAGCAUGCCGCCUCAUACCAAAGAAAUGGUGAAAUUUCACAUUUACAAAAUAGCUUUGGAAAACAGCACCAUUGUGCUUAAUUUGGAAAAUGUGGACCCCCACACCCCACAGUAGACUUUGUUUAAAUAAACGAGGCAGCAGGCUCUGCAGGAAAUGCAGAAUGACCUCCUUCCUCUUGUCCUUCAUUUUGUUCCCUGAGACUUUUCCACCUUUCAAGCGAGGUCCUUUUUGUUUCUGUCUCUGCAUGUACGUAGUUUGUUAAUAUUUUAUUGUUAUUACGAAUGAUCUUUG